AUGGAUGAUCGAUCCAGCGGGGCGUCUGGCACGCCUUCCCCUCAGCCAGACCUGCAUCGGAACCGUCUGCCGACGCUGUUCGAGGUGUUGAGUAGGCGGACCCUUCCACCCGUUGAUCUAUUCUCGUUCUACAUUUUUAUGAGAGAUCAGCAGAAAUCGGUGGACUAUCUUGACUUCUGGCUUGAUGUUGCCCAGCAUAUGUCUUUGUGCCGCCAUUAUGUCCGCGAACUUCGAAGAUCCGUACUCGUCGGAACUCCUGACAUGGACAAAUCCGGUUCUAAGCGGUCUUCGGCAAUUCUGGACGGCCUUGGCGACAUGAGCCACCCAGCCGCUGGUCCUUCGAUGUAUGCAAGCGAGAAGGAGAAGAAUCAGGAUGCUCAGAUGUCGGCAUACUUACGCGAGGAGGCACACGAGUCGCCCCAGAGCAGUACCGACAACCGCAACAGACAGAGCGGCGCCUUCAGCACCCCGCGAGAACUAACGACUGACUCUAAUUCCCCGCCGCAUACGGUCUCGAGAUCGGACAUUCGCGCGUCAGCAGAGAAGAUUCUCUACACCUUCUUGCUCCCCGGUGCCGAACGCGAAAUUAUUCUUCCUGGCUCCAUCACUCAGGAUGUCACCACCGCCAUUGAGGAUUUCGGCAGAGAUGACCCCGAAGUUUUUGACGUUGCCAAGGAUUAUGUCUUCCAGGCUAUGGAACGGGACGCGUUUCCUAACUUCCUGAGGAUGAAGGCCUUGGGCAAUUUGAUCCCGACUACUCUUCAGAUCAGGAUGAUCAUUGGCCUCUUGUCGAUGUUUGGUGCAUUCUGGACCGCCUUUAUCCUCAUCUUUCUUGACUCGGCUCGUACAACGAGAUGUUGGGUUAUUCUCCCCUUUACCUUUGGUGUUUACUUUCUCGCAUCAUACCAAUACUCGUUGGAUCCUGUCCUUGCUCUUAUUGGACUAAGCGAAUACACCCCUUUCAACUUUUCCCGGAUCCGCGAGCCCUACGUUCGUACGCUCCUCGCCAAGCGGGCCAUUAUGGUCUUGGCCGUUACUCUCUUCAUUGACGCCGCACUCUGUGUGCUCUUUAUUCUUGUUCCGGGCAAGCGGCUCUGA